AUGAAAAAACUCGCGUUCCAAAGCUUGAACCAAAGUUCUGCACGCAGAGGAAAUUUCUUUCUAUGUCGUGAACUUAUUCUGUACUGUUCUCUCUACGGGCGUUCGGUUAUAGAGAAAUGUGCACUAUCCAUAAUAAAAACAUUGACAUCUUUUAGGGAAAUUUCGGAAGUCAUUCGGAUUUUACGACUCGUGCAAGUUUAUGUAAGGAGGUAG